AUGCAGCAGUAUCUUGUAUCACUCAUCCUGCAGCCGUCCACGGCGCUGCUGCCCAAAACCACAGCCGAGCUGCACACAAACUACCUCUCGCCCCUCCACACGACAAUCCUCCUACUCUCGCACCUACAGUCGCUCUCGCGGACGCGCCCUGCCGCCGUCAUCUUCGUCUCGUCCAUCCUGGCCCUCGUGCCGGCCGUUAUCCCGCCGACGUACUCGGCCUGCAAGGCGGCCCUGCACAUGAAGGACGUCAAGGAGAGAUAG